CCAUCCUCUCAGCAUUUCUUUCUACUUCAGUCCAGCUGCCGUGGCAAAGAUCCAUCUCACAUAAUAAAGUGCCCUAUUACAUCAACCAUCAAACACAGACAACCUGUUGGGAUCAUCCUAAAAUGACUGAACUCUUUCAAUCCCUUGCUGACCUGAAUAAUGUACGUUUCUCUGCCUACCGUACAGCAAUCAAAAUUCGAAGAUUACAAAAAGCACUAUGUUUGGAUCUCUUAGAGUUGAAUACAACAAAUGAAGUUUUCAAACAGCACAAGCUGAACCAAAAUGAUCAGCUCCUUAGUGUUCCAGAUGUCAUCAACUGUCUGACAACAACUUACGAUGGACUCGAACAAAUGCAUAAGGACCUGGUCAACGUCCCGCUCUGUGUGGACAUGUGUCUCAACUGGUUACUCAAUGUGUAUGACACGUAAGUUUGUAUUUUUUUCCAUGACAAUACUGUCAUUCAAUGAAAUACAUUGAUAACAGAAAAUGUCUAAUGUUUGAAAGUGAAUUUUUUUAAAAGUACUUUCAAAGGACAUUUCCCAGUGGGAAUAUUUAUGGUUAAUUAUUGAAAGUAAAUGACUUUCCAAAUCAUUAAGCUCUUAACAAACAACAGAACAAAAUAGAAUGUAGAACUAUUAUUUUGAGAUUUCGCUUCAAUUUACAAAGGCUGUCAGAUUUGUAGUAUUUUUUGUCAAAAAGGUAGGGAACAAAAAUGUAGGUAAGUCCUAGUUUCUUUCUUGUUUCAUAAUGUCUUAUAGUAUUUCUUUUUUGAAAGGAAAAAAAAUCUUGUUUUUUUAUUGUUAUGAAUUAAAAUGAUUUAUUAAUAUUCACUCAUAAUGUGCUCUAUAAUCUCUGUAUGACAACUGAAGGGCGAUUUGAAUGGCAAAGAAUGGAAUGUAAUUUGUCUUUUGCUAUUAACUCUAUUUACUGCUGUAAAUAAAUGGUGGUUAUGUAUAUAUAUGGUAUUUUAGAUAAUUUAUGUUACAGAACACUCUAACAUCUAUAAUUUAAUUAGGUGUUCAUUGUUACAUAAAGAGCACUCUCAACUUCCUGCAUAACUCAUUUGCUGUUAAUUUGGCCCUUUUGAAUACAACAAUGUAUUUGUGAAAUAAUCAAUUCUAGAAAGACCUGCUGUGGGCUGACAUUUCUGAAACAUGAGGAAUUAUUCAUUCUUCUGGUAGGGGGUUAAGGUAUGCAAAGAUGAAAUAGGAAAACUUUAGCUAUUAUUUUUCUCUCAUACCCUAAAAGUUAUUUUGCAUUAAUUAACUAUAUGAAAAUUGGUGUUUAUCACCCUUUUAUUUGAUUUAGAGAGACAAGAGAUGAUGGUUCAUAAAUGUACAUGUUUAGCAGCUGAUUGAUUUUGGAUAAGAAGUAAAUGUCAUCAAGAUUAGAGCUUUGGAGAUGACUCAACUAAAUUUUCCUUUUAUUUUUAGUUCACAUAUAAUAAUUGUACAUAUUUAUGGGGUACAGAAUGAUAUUUUGA